UGUGAACUAAUCUUCCAACAGCCAACACGUGAAAGCAAAAAUCAUAACAACAGUGUUUUGUAUUUGAGCAUAUAUGUAUUUUUCUUUUUAUUAAUAAAUACAAAAAGAAAAUAAAAAUGUCUAAUUUCAAACCACUUGACAUUAAAAAAUUUCAAAAACAAAGUAGCGAAGUAACUGCAGACUCACUUUAUUGGAAAAAUUUAAGUGUUCCUACAUUGGUAAAAGAAUUUGGAGCCAUUGACUACAUCGAUUUCAGUCCAGUCCAACCGCACUACUUUGCCGUCACAUGCUCCGUUAGAGUUCAAAUUUACAAUCCCAUCACUAAACUUGUUGCCAAAAACCUAUCAAAAUUUCAAGAGAAUGCUUACGGUGGUAGUUUCAGGCAGGAUGGCCGACUUUUGGUUGCCGGAGACGAACAGGGAUCAGUCAAGUUAUUUGACACCAGCAGUAAAAACGUGCUUCGGCUUUUCAAAGGCCAUAAAGCGCCCACUCAUAGAACAUUUUUUACCCCCGAUUUAUUGCACAUAGCCAGCUUCAGCGAUGACAAAACGUUUAAACUCUGGGACAUAGGAUCCGAAAAAGUUGUUCACACUUAUAGUGAUCACUCGGAUUAUAUUAGAGCAGGUUGUGUAAAUCCUGCUUCAUCCAACAUAGUCGUUUCGGGUGGGUAUGAUAAGAAAAUAAAUUUUUAUGAUACUCGCACUCAGCAAGUGGCGUUUAGUGUCAAUCAUGAGAGUGCAGUCGAGUCACUGCUAUUCUUACCGACCGGAGGAAUAUUCAUCAGUGCUGGAGGAACAGAAGUAUGUGUUUGGGAUGUUUUUGCUGGUGGAAAAUUGCUUACCAAGCUUUCCCAACAUCAUAAAACUGUUACCUGCCUACGAUUAGCUUCCAAUGGCAAAAGGAUAAUGUCGGGUGGUUUGGAUAGGCAUGUCAAAAUCUACGAUGUAGCCUCAUACCAGACUGUAUCAACAUUAAGUUUUCCCAACUCAGUACUUAGUUUGGCGGUAGCACCGAAGGAUCAAACUGUGGUCGCCGGUAUGGUCGAUGGAAUGAUUUCUAUUCAAAAUAUGGAAGAAAAUAAAAGCCAAAAAAAGGAAAAGAGUAAAUACAAUUCGAAAUUUAGGUCAGUAGAUCACGAUAUAAUCACCACUAAAAGGAUAGCAGAAGCAAGUUAUGACUAUCAUUUGCGAACCUAUAAAUAUGCCCAGUGCCUUGACGAUGCAAUGAAAAACUGUGUUAAAACGCCAGAGAUUACAGUUAGUGUCAUGCAAGAAUUAAUUCAUCGCAAGGGCCUUCAGCGUGCACUAGCCGGGCGUACGCAUUCGUCUCUUGCGAGAAUCAUCUUGUUUGUUAUAAAAAACAUAGGCGAGCACAGAUUUCUUCGUGUUCUCAUAGACGUUGGUAUGAUUUUAUUAGACGUGUAUGAAGAUAAAUUUCAUGAAUUCACUGGUAAACUUGGAAAGCAAUUUAUUCAACUUGCUAAUAUUUUGCAAAAAGAGGUUGCGCUUACACACGAUUUGUUAGAACUGCAGGGUGCUUUGGAAUUACUCGUAGCAGUAUCAAGUGUUUCUUCAGAUGAUAGAAACGACAACCCUAUAAGUUUUUUGACAACUGAUAAAUGCCCAGGUAUAAAACAGUCCGAAAUGGCAAAAGAAUCUUCUAUUGUAAUUGUUUAAAUGUAAAAUUUUAAUACAAAAUAAAUUUGAGUUAUUUUAGUAAAAUAAUAAAAUGAA